UAGAACACUAAGGGCAUCAUAUUCUCGGGGUACUCUACGUCCACUCCACCAAUCGCCAUACUCAAGUUUCACAGGUGCGCCAUAUCACAAUGGCUUGCAUCGGCAUCGACGUCGGUAACUCGACAUCCAAGAUCGGCGCCGCGCGCCGAUCGGGCAUCGAUGUUCUGUUGAACUCCGCUUCCAGCCGAGCGACGCCUUCGCUCAUCUCUUUUGGCCAGAAGGCACGUGCACUGGGCGAAGCUGCGGCGACUGCACAGGUCAGCAACUUCAAGAACACUGUAGGCAGUCUCAAACGUCUGAUCGGAAGGUCUCUGCAAGAUGCGGAUAUCCAAGAGAUUGAGAAAAAAUACUUGGGCUGCGAACUGGUCGAUGUGAAUGGCGAAGUUGGCGCAAAGGUUAGGCUCGGGGGGGAGGAGCAGAUCUUCUCGGCGACCCAGAUGAUGGGGAUGUACCUCGGAAGCUUGCGGGACACGGCGUCAAGGGAGUCCGGCGGUGCGGUGGUGUCGGACGUUGUCAUUUCCACACCCAGCUGGUUUACAGAUAUUCAGCGCAAAGCCAUGCUCGAAGCCGCUGAGAUUGCUGGUCUCAACACCUUGCGCUUGAUCAACGAUACUACCGCGACUGCCCUUGGGUACGGUAUCACAAAGUCCGACUUGCCUGAAGCAGACGAACCUCGCCACGUCGUCUUCUGCGACAUUGGCCACUCUUCAUACCAGGUUGCGGUCGUCGCGUUCGUCAAAGGCCAGCUCAACGUUCUCGGCACUGCGCAGGACCGCCACUUUGGCGGCCGCGACUUUGACAUGGCCCUGCUGCAGCACUUUGCCACCGAAUUUAAGCAGAAGUACAAACUUGAUAUUCUAUCAAAUGCUAAAGCCACUUUCCGUCUCGCCACCGCCUGUGAACGCCUCAAGAAGGUCCUCUCUGCUAACGCUGUCGCUCCUAUCAAUGUCGAGAGCCUCAUGAAUGACGUUGACGCAUCUGGACAGCUCAAAAGGGAGGAAUUCGAGGAGCUCAUUGCGCCGCUCCUCGAUCGCGUCACUGCUCCGCUCGAGGCGGCGCUGUCGCAAUCUGGCCUCACCAAGGAUCAAAUUCACUCCAUUGAGAUGGUCGGCGGCAGCUCUCGUGUCCCCGCCCUCAAGGAGCGCAUUUCGAGCUUCUUCGGCAAGCCCCUUUCCUUCACAUCCAAUCAGGACGAAGCCGUCUGCAGGGGUUGCACACUCGCUUGCGCCUCUCUCUCUCCCGUCUUCAGGGUCAGGGAGUUCACUGUGCACGACACCACCCCCUACCCUAUUAAGGUCACCUGGGAGCCUGCACCCGAUGUGCCCGAUGAGGAGACAGAGCUGGUGGUCUUCCAGCCUAACAACCCAAUUCCUUCUACCAAGAUUCUCACCUUCUACAGGAAGGAGCCUUUCUCGCUGGAAGCAUUCUAUGCACAGCCUGAACAGUUGCCGAAGGGAAUCAAGCCAUGGCUCGGGACUGUGCAAAUCAAGGGUGUCACCCCAAGCCCGCAAGGAGAUCACUCGAUUGUCAAGGUCAAGGCAAGGCUCAACCUGCACGGAAUUCUCAACGUCGAGAGUGCUUACGUGGUCGAAGAGGUGGAGAAGGAUGUACCGGUGGCUUCCGACCCUGCUGCUAUGGAGACGGACAAGGAUGCGCCCCCCAAGACGGAGAAAAAGAAAGUUUUGCAACGCAAGAAUGAUCUCACGGUCAUCUCUGCACUCAACGCCAAGGAUCCUAGCAUCAUGCGUGACAUGAAAGAGAAGGAGGGCCAGUUGUACGCGCAAGACAAGCUCGUCACUGACACCGAGAAUGCGAAAAAUGCGCUCGAGGAGUACAUUUACGACCAGCGCUCGAAACUUGACGACCGCCACAAGGCUUAUGUGACUUCUGAGGAGAAGGAUAAAUUCCUUCAGGACCUCAAUGCUGCUGAGGAGUGGCUGUACUCAGAGGAAGGCGAGGAUGCGACUAAAUCAUCUUACUCUGAGAAGCUGUCAGCGCUGCAGAAACUCGGCAACCCGAUCAUUCACAGGUACGCGGAGAACGAUGCGCGUCCCAAAGCUGCUGCACAGCUGCGCGAGGCUCUCAACACGUACAUGUCUGCAGUCAACGGCGGGGAGGAGAAGUACAGCCACCUAACCGAGGAGGACAAGCAGAAGGUGAUCGAGAAGUGCGCAACGGUCGAGAGUUGGCUCAGCAACAACCUGGCCAAGCAGGCCGAGCUGCCCAAGAACGUCAACCCGAAGAUAUCUUCUGCUGAGAUCCUCAAGAACAAGGACGAAGUUCAAUACGUCUGCGGGCCAAUUGUCAACAAGCCGAAGCCGCGCGUGCCUCCGCAGACGAGCGGCACACAGACUCCUCAGAGCGAGCAGAAGGAUGCGCCCAAGGAGGCCGAUAAGGAGGACCAGGAGGCUGCUGCCAAAGCGGAUGGCGAGGGACCGGGUCAGAUGGAUGUCGAUUAGAUGCGCAGCAUACUGUGAUCCAAGUGGCCGGUAGACAAUGUUUCCUACCCAUAGGGAGAAAGUACGAAAUGUAUCUGCAAAAAUGAAACCCCAACCAGUCUGCG